AGGGGGAAUUGACGGAAUAAUGAGACGCGGCCAGGCGGCGGAGGACGGCGACGGUAGCGACUGCAGCAGCUCCAAUUUCUUCACUUGAUCAUCUUUUUCAGCAAUUGGUUUUUGGUGGUGUUCAUGGCUUACCUAGCCAUUGGACCUAGCAGAUGCCGUGAACCUGUAGUGUGGAAGACCUCAUGGACUGAUUCAAAUCCUAGAAGGCGGUUCGUUGGGUGUCCUAAUUAUGGGACUCCCAAAUUUUGUCAGUUCAUGGAAUGGAGAGAUCCAGAAGUUCAUCCACGAUAUCGGGAUGUCAUUCUUGGCUUAAUGAGGAAGGCUGAGAAUAUAAGAGAAGAUAAGCCAAAGGAGAAGAUUUUUUGUGGACGUCACACAUGUGGAGGUGGUGGUGGGAGAAUUGGAGCUUCAGUUUCAUCAUGGGGCCACAUUUCCAUCAUAUUGAUAGGGUAGAUAUAGUGACUGUAGAUAUCAAUGUAGUUGGACACUAAGUACUGCUUAUCAACAUAGG